CGCGAGGAACCUGCCCUUUUGACGCGACAAGGUUCGCUGCUCCCCCUCCCUGUGCUUGCUGCUCACUUCAUCUACGCAUCCCUUUCCCCAUUCGCCCCACCCACUUUGCAGGUUGCAACUGCAGCAUCUCUCUCUCCCCACACGGCAGUUACACCGCGAGACCCCCGCCCCCUGCUUCCGCCAUGGGCGAGGGCGCGGACGAUCCCAAGGACCCGAGGACGAUCGCCCGCAAGUAUCAGUUGGAUCUUUGCAAGAGGGCUGUGGAGGAGAACAUCAUAGUGUACCUUGGCACUGGAUGUGGCAAGACACACAUUGCUGUGUUGCUCAUGUAUGAGCUUGGCCAUCUCAUCCGUAAACCCAGCCGUGAGGUCUGCAUCUUCCUUGCCCCAACCAUCCCCCUCGUCCGCCAGCAAGCGAUGGUGAUUGCGAGUUCCACCAACUUCAAAGUUCAACGUUACUAUGGAAGUGGUAAAAGCUCAAGAGAUCAUCAGGCAUGGGAGCAAGAGAUGGGAGAAUUUGAGGUCCUUGUAAUGACUCCUCAAAUGUUAUUGCACAAUUUGCGGCAUUGUUUCAUCAAGAUGAGUUCAAUUGCACUUUUGAUAUUUGAUGAAUGCCAUCACGCGCAAGCACAAAAAAGACAUCCUUAUGCACAAAUUAUGAAGGAAUUCUACAAUAGCAUUGAUAAACCUCCUCGUGUUUUUGGCAUGACUGCUUCACCAAUUAUUGGAAAAGGCGGGUCUAAUAAACUUAACUACACUAAAUGUAUCAACAGUCUCGAGGAAUUACUUAAUGCAAAGGUUUGUUCAGUUGAUAAUGUAGAACUUGAAAGUGUGGUUGCUUCUCCUGAGAUUGAGGUGUACUUUUAUGGCCCAGUUAGCCAUUCUAACCUUACUGCUACUUACAGUAAAGAGCUUGAGGGGUUUAAGCUUCAGGCGGAAUGCAUGCUAAGAGACAGCCUAUGCGAUUUCAAGGAUUCUCAGAAGAAACUGAAGUCCAUGUGGAGGUUGCAUGAACAUUUGAUUUUCUGUUUGCAAGAAAUCGGUCUUUUUGGAGCUCUGCAACAAGCGGUGAUAGGAUUUAUAGAACUGUUCUACGGUGAUGAUCAGUUGCUUUCAUUGCAGGCUGCAAGGACCUUUCUGUCUCCCUAUGGUGGUAGUCUAGAUAGAAAGGGGGUUGAUGUUAAUGCCAAUCAUACCAGUUUUGUGCAGCACUACCUAAACAAAGCAAUUUCUCUUCUAAGUUGCAACAUCUUAGACGGCACCGAUGGUGAUUCAUUUGAUCUAGAGACACUGGAAGAACCUUUCUUCUCAAAAAAAAUUUCUGUUCUUAUUGACGUUCUUUCAAGAUACAGGCUAGAGGAAAACAUGAAGUGCAUUGUUUUUGUGAAAAGAAUCAUUGUGGCAAGAGUAGUAGCACAUAUUCUCCAAAAUUUGAAGUGCCUUGAUUUUUGGAAAUGUGAGUCCCUUGUGGGAUGCCACUCAGGAUUGAAGAACAUGUCAAGGAACAAGAUGGGUUCUAUCAUUGAAAAGUUCUCUUCGGGUCAGGUGAACCUUUUGGUUGCUACUAGUGUAGGUGAGGAGGGACUUGACAUUCAGACUUGCUGCCUUGUUGUGCGGUUUGAUCUUCCAGAAACUGUUUCUAGCUUUAUCCAGUCCAGGGGACGUGCCCGGAUGACUAAAUCUAAAUAUGUUUUUCUCCUGGAGAGGGGAAAUCAGUCUCAGGAGAAGUUGGUUGAUGAUUAUAUUGCUGGUGAAAGCAUUAUGAAUAAGGAGAUUAACUUGAGAACUUCAAAUGAUUUGUUCGAUUCCCUUGAGGAGAACAUCUAUCGAGUGAAUAACACUGGUGCUUCCAUUAGCACUGCUUGCAGUGUAUCUCUACUACAUCGCUACUGUGACAACCUUCCUAGAGAUAUGUUUUUUAUUCCUUCCCCAGCAUUCUUCUUCAUUGAUGAUGUUGAGGGAAUAGUCUGUAGACUGAUUCUUCCACCAAAUGCUGCGUUUCGUCAAAUGUGUGGUCAACCGUGUCCAUCAAAAGAUGAAGCUAAGAGAGAUGCAUGCUUAAAAGCAUGCAUAAAACUUCAUAAACUGGGUGCUUUGACAGAUUUUCUUCUGCCAGGCUCAGGUUCUAAAAAGAUCAAGGUAUCAACAACAAAUAUUUCAGAAAGCAACAAAGCUGAGGAUGAAGGUCUAAGGGAAGAGCUUCAUGAGAUGUUGUUUCCCGCAGUUCUGAGACCUUCAAGAUGCAAACUGGACUGUUCAUUGAACCUGCAUUUCUACUACAUAGAAUUUAUUCCCAUACCAGCAGAUAGGCGAUAUCAGAUGUUUGGUCUUUUUGUGAUCAAUCCCCUUCCAAAGGAAGCUGAAAAAUUGGAUGUUGAAUUGCAUCUUGCGCAUGCAAGGAUAGUGAAAGCAGGAAUUAAAUAUUUAGGAAUGAUUGCAUUUGACAAAGAAGAGAUGAUGCUCACACACAAUUUCCAAGAAAUGUAUUUGAAGAUUCUCCUGGACAGAUCUGAGUUCACUUCAUCUUAUGUUAUGUUGGGGAAUGAUGCUGCGUUACAAAUUAAUUCAACAUUUUACCUGCUGCUUCCCAUCAAGCAGAAAUUCUAUGGUGAUAAAUUUAUGAUUGACUGGCCAACGGUAAAGCGGUGUUUAUCAUCACCUUUAUUUCAAGAUCCAACGGAUUUGUCUCCGAAUGACUCAUAUUCGCCAAAUGAGCCUUUGAAGCUUCUUGAUGGAACAUACAGUAAAGCAGAUGUGAUUGGCAGUUUGGUCUUCACUCCCCACAACAACCUGUUUUUCUUCGUUGAUGUCAUUAAGGAUGAAGUAAAUGCUAAAAGUAAGUUUAAGUUUAACGGUGCAACUUAUGAAGAACAUUUCAAGGAAAGGUUUGAUAUCAAACUAUCCCAUCCUGAACAGCCACUUCUGAAAGCUAAACAGCUCUUCAAUCUGCGCAAUCUACUUCAUAAUCGAUUACAAGAGAGCAGAGAAUCCGAGGGUCGUGAAUUGGUGGAGCACUUUGUGGAGUUACCUCCAGAGCUAUGCUCUUUGAAGAUAACUGGGUUCUCAAAAGAUAUGGGUAGUUCUUUGUCCUUGCUACCAUCUUUAAUGUGUCGCUUGGAAAAUUUGCUAGUGGCUAUCGAGUUGAAGGAUGUCAUGUUGUCAUCUUUCCCGGAGGCUUCUCAGAUUAGCGCUUCGGGUAUUCUUGAAGCACUGACCACUGAAAGGUGUUUGGAGAGGAUUUCUUUGGAGCGAUUUGAAGUCCUAGGUGAUGCUUUCUUGAAGUAUGUAGUUGGGCGUCACAACUUUAUUUCAUAUGAAGGACUUGAUGAAGGUCAGUUGACCAGGAGACGUUCUGCUAUAGUGAAUAAUUCAAAUUUAUAUGAAUUAGCAAUUAGAAGAAAUUUGCAGGUAUACAUACGGGAUCAACAGUUUGAACCCACUCAGUUCUUUGCACUGGGAAGGCCUUGUAAAGUUGUUUGCAAUCCCGACACAGAAGUGAGUUUACACCAGAAGAAUAUCGACCCAGAUAGACGAGAGAAUUGUAACUUGAGGUGUACGAAGUCUCAUCAUUGGUUGCAUAGUAAGACGAUUGCAGAUGUUGUUGAGGCACUUCUUGGAGCAUUUAUUGUCGAGUGUGGAUUCAAAGCUGCAUUUGCGUUCCUGCAUUGGAUGGGAAUAAAAGUUGAUUUCAAAGAUUCAGCUCUCUAUAGAGUAUUAGAUGCAAGCUCCACCAAUUUGUCUCUCAUGAAUUAUAUCAACAUUGCUGAGCUUGAAGAAUUAAUAGGUUACAAGUUCAAGCAUAAGGGUCUGCUUCUCCAAGCAUUUGUACACCCUUCUUUCAAUAAACAUUCUGGAGGAUGCUACCAGAGGAUGGAGUUUCUUGGAGAUGCUGUUUUGGAAUAUUUGAUGACCUCAUACCUCUACUCAACCUACCCAGAUCUAAAGCCUGGACAAAUAACAGAUCUGAAAUCAUUAGCUGUCAAUAAUAAUUCAUUUGCUUAUGUAGCAGUUAAGAAAUCUAUCCAUAAAUAUCUUAUAAAGGAUUCUAAUCAUCUUACGGCAGCAGUAAAUACAUUUGAGAAUUAUGUUAAUCUUUCCAAUUCAGAGAAAAACUUGUCCGAAGAACCAGCAUGUCCAAAGGUUCUUGGUGAUAUUGUUGAAUCUUGUGUUGGAGCGGUGCUUUUAGAUUCCGGUUUCGACCUGAAUCAUGUUUGGAAGCUAAUGCUUAUGCUUCUAAGGCCAGUACUGAGCUUCUCUGACAUGCACAUCAAUCCUAUGAGAGAACUCCGAGAACUUUGUCAAUGUAAUGGUUUUGAGUUAGGCCUUCCUGAACCUUUGAAGGCUAAUGGAGAGUAUCAUGUCAAAGUAGAAGUUAACAUAAACAGCAAGACGAUAAGUUGUACUGCAGCAAACCGGAAUUCCAAAGAUGCUAGAAAGUUGGCUGCACAAGAAGCACUUUCUAAACUGAAGAAUUAUGGGUACAAACAUAGAAGCAAGUCACUGGAGGAAAUUUUGCGUUCUGCUAGGAAAAAAGAAUCAGAACUGAUAGGCUAUGAUGAAGAACCAAUCAAAGUUGAGGCUGACAUAUCUGUAGAAAUGAAGAAUCUACAGAUUAGUGAAGAAAUGGAUGCAAACUUCUUUUCUCAAAAUAGAGAAGAAUCUUUCACGGGGAGGUCUGAAACCUCCAUUCAAAGUACUGGAGGAGAUAACAAAGGUGACAAGAAUGAUGCUGAUAAUGGAAGGAACAUUCAGCCCAAGGUGGUUAUGCAAAAUGAUCGUCUACCUAGAGGGGCAACUGAUAUAAGCAAUAUGAAGGAGUAUCAUGGUGAUAUGGUACACAAAACAGCAAGGUCAUUCCUUUAUGAAUUUUGUGCUGCAAACUAUUGGAAACGUCCCAAAUUCGAGUUAUGCAAAGAUGAAGGGCCAAGCCAUCUUCGAAAGUUCACUUGCAAGGUUAUUGUUCAGAUAAUGGGAACUUCUGCGACCCUUUUGGAGUGCUAUAGCGAUCCUAAGCUACAAAAGAAGGCUGCACAAGAGCAUGCAGCACAGGGGGCUCUGUGGUGUCUUAAGCAACUUGGAUACCUACCGAAAGAUGAAGUUCGUAUCUAGCAACAUUUCAGGUUUUUGUGGCCUUCAGUCGAAUACAUCGCCUUGUAUGUUUGUUCAGAUAUGCUCCAUAAGCACGACUAAAGAAACAGUAAGUGCAAACAUGCAUUCCCUUUCAGUGGUGCAUUGAUAAAUGUGCAGCUCUUGCAUCACGUAUAAAAAUGUAAUAGCAAUUGUGCUCAUUCAGGUUACGUUACAUAUAUACAGUGUGCAAUCUUACCAUGUGAAAGGAGGGUGGUGCACUUGUUGAAUUGGUAACAAAUGCCGGCUUGGGCAAUGUAUUAAGGUGUAAACUCACGAGUCUCGGCUUCCACAUAAGGAACGCAGUAGUCCCUGGGACCUGAAUUCAGCAGAGCGAAGAACCUGAGUUCACGAAUUUCUGCGAAAGAACCAAGUUUGGAUUUGCGCAAACGGUCGCUGAUUAUCCUUGAAACAAAGCAGGGUGCUUUAGCAGUUGGGAGACAAGGCAUUAUCAACUCGCAUAAACCCUUCAUCACUUUCAGAGUUGCAGGUCCAGCUGCUAGGUGGAGGCAAAAUCUGCGCGCCCCCUUGGGACGAUCCUGUGAGCGUCGGCAGAAGGCUAGGUUGCCAUCUCGUCGGCGCUGCCCUUCUCCCUGUCAGCUUGUCUGGGCCCAAUCAACCUGCCGCGGAUCAUCCUGCGGAGCGGGAACAGAAGGGAUCCAAUUCCUCUGAUUUCACAAGACAGCGGAUUGAAAUCAAUUGACUUCGCUCA